AUGGCAAAAUUCGCCUUUCUUGUUUCAGUGGCAUUUCUGGCUGUGUUUCCAUUAGCUUCUAAUGCAAAUACUUCCAGUUCGACAGCUAUUGUUGCUGAUCUCGGUGAGGCGGAUGUCACGGCGCGGGAGCAUUCGCACCAGAACGGACGCGGGAAUCCUCGCACGCCAGUUAUUCGCAAGGAAUACGGGAUGAUUUUUUUACUUGGAGCAAUACUAAGCGGAGUUCUUGGCAUUAUUGGUGCCAGCAGAAGGUCUGCCGCUUUGCAAUAUGUCCCCUCAGGACCGUUAUUGACGUACUAUUGGGACCUUAGACUUCGUACAGACUCGAACCGACUAACAAAAGUGGACCUCGGCUUGACACAAGUAGAGAGCAUCGCCACCAGAAGCAGGACUUCCCGGCCGGAAAUUGUGAAUAUUUUGCCAUUUGCGCACUUAGGAAACCGGCAUGUGGGUUCCUUCACUUGCAAUCGUUUUGAUAUUCGUGUAUUGCUAACCACCGCCUUCCACCCCCAUUUGCAGUGGCCGUGA